CAGGUCGUGUGCUCAGCGUCUGACAGCGGCGCCGCUGCACCAGUCUCAAGACGCUGCCGCCCGCGCGCUGCUACACACCCAACGACACACGGUAGCUGGCCUCUUUACCCUCCUGAAGCCGGUGUGCAGCUGCAGUGACGCCAUGCCGCCAGGCCACCAUGCGAUGAGUCUCGCUAGAAGCUGGUGAGAGCUUCGGGCAGCAUGUGGCGGCUCUGCACCGCUCACCCGCUCUGCACGUGGGCGUGGCUGUGGACGCUGCUGGUCGGAUGUCUUUUGGAAACGCACGCCGCGCGCAGACCAGUUUAUAGUAUUCGCAUCGCUGGCGUGUUCGACGAGUCGGGGCCGCCGGCGCUGGUGCAGGCGUUCCGGUCUGCGGUGGCGGCCAUCAACAUGCAGACGCGGGCAGACGCCAUCCUGGGCCGCCUCGACCGCCGGCCCCUACUCGACGCCCAGGAGGUCACCGUCAGCGCGCUCGACAGCUUCGGCACCGGCAGGAAGAUGUGCAACCUGACGCUGGAAGGCGUGGCGGGCGUGGUGGGACCUCGGCAGAGCGCCUCCACGGACGUGGUGCGCUCCGUCUGCGACCGCCUGGAGAUCCCGCAGAUCGUCGUCAACUGGGAUCCCAAGCCGCCGCCUUCGCGCCGCUACCAGUUCAACCUGCACCCAGACGCCGAAUUCGUCGCGCAGGCGCUGGUGGACGUGCUGCACGAGUUGCAGUGGCGCUCCUACACGGUGCUGUACCAGGGCGACGAGUCGCUGGUGCGCCUGCGCAGCGUACUGCAGGAGCGAGACCGCACGGACCCGCCCAUCGCGGUCCGGCAGCUCGACGAAAGCGGCGACUACAGACCAAUGCUGAAGGCCAUCAAGCAGUCGUCAGAGUCGCGGUUGGUGCUGGACUGUGACACAGACAUGAUCCUGCCAGUGCUGCGACAGGCUGCCGAGGUGAAGCUGACGGAGGUCUACCAGUCAUACUUACUCACCUCCCUGGAUGCGCACACUUUGGAUUUGACUCAGUUCCGUCUCAGUGGUACCAACAUCACAACAUUGCGACUCAUCCAGCCUGACAGCGAAGCCGUUCUGAAGACGAUGCAAGACUUCGAAUACCGUUGGAAUAAAACUCCUGUCACAAUCACUCCGCAUACGAUGCGGGUGGAGUCAGCGCUGACGUACGACGCCGUCCGCGUGCUGGCCGCGGCGCUGUUCCAGACCAGCACCAUCGGUCGCCUGCGGACCUGGCCGCUCAGCUGCCUGGACGAGGAGGCCGUCUGGGACCACGGCAUCAGCGUGAGGGACUUCAUCCGCGACAUGCGGCACGAGGGCCUGUCUGGCAACAUCAUGUUCGACGCGGAAGGACGUCGCGUGGGAUUCUCGCUGGAAGUGCUGGAACUGUCUGCGGCGGGCUUCAGACCCGUAGCCAAAUGGACACCGGAGGAAGGCUUCGUCAGCAGCAAGACUGAGACCGAGACGCUGGAGGAGAAGCAGAGCAUUCUCCAAGGUCGCCACCUCAUCGUUUCGUCCAGAAUAGGAGCCCCGUACUUGAUGGAGAAGGAGCAUACGACGCCGCCACGUGUCGGCAACGACAGAUACGAGGGCUACUCGAUGGACCUGAUCACACAGAUCGCAGAGAUUCUCAACUUCACGUUCGAGUUCAAGCUGGCGCCCGAUGGGCAAUACGGCAAUAGAAACGAGAAGACAGGCACCUGGAACGGGCUCGUUGGCGAGCUGAUCGCAGGGAGGGCAGACCUGGCCAUCUGUGGCCUGACGAUUACGGAGGAGCGGCAAUCGGCCGUUGAUUUCACCAUGCCCUUCAUGAACCUCGGUAUUAGCAUCUUGUACAGUAAGUCCGAGAAAGCGGAUCCGAACCUUUUUUCUUUCCUGGAUCCAUUCACCGUUGACGUUUGGAUUUACAUGGCUACGGCAUAUCUUGGAGUAUCUUUAACUUUCUUCGCACUGGCAAGGAUGGCCCCUGGCGAGUGGGACAAGGGCCACCCCUGCGACCCGGAACCAACGGAGCUGGAAAACACGUUCAACAUGAUCAACAUCUUCUGGUUCUCCAUGGGCUCCCUCAUGGGACAAGGCUGCGACCUGUUACCCAAGGCCGUCUCGACGCGGCUGAUAGCUGGCAUGUGGUGGUUCUUCACGCUCAUAAUGAUCGCCUCCUACACGGCCAAUCUGGCGGCGUUCCUCACCAACAGCAGAAUGGAGUCCCCCAUCAAUGGCGUAGAAGACCUGGCGAAGCAAACCAAGAUCAAAUACGGCACUUACGAAAGCGGUUCCACAGCGGCCUUCUUCAGAAACUCGAAUGAUUCGCUGUUCUCUCGGAUGUACACGGUGAUGAGGCAGGCGAGACCCGACGUCUUUACAGACGGCAAUGCAGAGGGCGUGGAGCGCGUCAAGAAGGAGAAGGGCAACUACGCCUUCUUCAUGGAAUCCACCAGCAUCGAGUACAUGACGGCGCUCAACUGCGACCUGCGAAAAGUCGGCGGGCAACUCGACUCCAAAGGCUACGGCAUAGCACUGCAGCUAGACUCGCCGUUCCGGACGGCGGUGAGCAGUGCCGUGCUGACGCUGCAGGAGCGCGGCAACCUGAGCGCGCUCAAGACGCGCUGGUGGAAAGCGCCCGAGGGCGAGGAGUGCGACGAGGACGUGGACACGGUCGACAGCGCGGAGCUGGGCAUCCUCAACGUGGGCGGCGUCUUCCUCGUGCUCUUCUUCGGCACCCUGGCCGCCUUCUUCGUCGCAGUUCUCGAGCUGCUGUGGAAUUGCCGCACCAUCGCCGUCGAAGAGAAGAUAACGCAGUGGGAGGCGCUGACGUCGGAGCUGAAAUUCGCGAUGAACUGCAGCAACGACGAGAAGCCAGUGCGCAAGACGCACGACGCAGACGCUGGUGGCGGCGGCGACAACGACGCGGACGUUGACGGCGAGGACGUGGAAGGGCUACGUUACGGCAGCCGCUAGACGCCUCCCAGCGCAAAGGCGGCAGUUCGGUGGCGCUACCACUUUUAUAAUUUACUGCUGCUUGGGCUAUGUGGUUUCGUGGGAUUUUCCACUAAAUGGAUGAACUCUGUCUCCUGUGAAGCCCUGCCCGAGCAUACCACUCAGAAUUUUUGUUCAUCGCGGUUAAAUCACCAGCAUGUAUCGUAACAUUCAAGAACGUACAUUAGUGUUGGGUUACUAUCGUGGCACGUGAAACAUUACACUGAAACAGAAAUAUGUUUUAAUUUCAGGUUCUGUGUUAUCCAGCUAAUUACAAUAUACUGUGAGUCUUAGCCGGAAGACAAAAAUACGAACCUAAAAAAAAAAUGUUUUUGAGGCACUCUGUACGUUUGGAGAGCAACUUUUUAUGUGCUUGCAACAUUCCUUCACCUUCGGUCAUAAGCUUUUAUGGGUGUAGUCAGUUACAAUAGAAUUCUUCUGGUUAUGAAAGUGCGCCGUGAGGUUCUUUCUUGAAGUAUUGUUUUUAAUAUUUUUCAUUGCGUAGGUAGAGCUAACUGUUCGGGUUGUGUUCCGUCAGCGACUUUUCAGCCAAAUAAUUCGCUCGACAUGUACUAUGUACCGAGUUCCAAUUGUGUUUGGCCAGCCCACCUGACUUCUUCGGCCAUCUGGACUAGACCGAUAGAGAUGCUGUUGAAGACGACUUCCCGCGCGGCAUUUCACUUUAUCAGUGGGCUGUACCACUCUGUUUUGGCUCAUGUAGGGCGUGCUGCGAUGUUGUUGUUGUUGUUGUUGUCUUCAGUCCUGAGACUGGUUUGAUGCAGCUCUCCAUGCUACUCUAUCCUGUGCAAGCUUCUUCAUCUCCCAGUACCUACUGCACCCUACAUCCUUUUGAAUCUGCUUAGUGUAUUCAUCUCUUGUUCUCCCUCUACGAUUUUUACCCUCCACGCUGCCCUCCAAUACUAAAUUGGUGAUCCCUUGAUGCCUCAGAACAUGUCCUACCAAUCGAUCCCUUCUUCUAGUCAAGUUGUGCCACAAAUUUCUCUUCUCCCCGAUCCUAUUCAAUACCUCCUCAUUAGUUACGUGAUCUACCCAUCUAAUCCUCAUCAUUCUUCUGUAGCACCACAUUUCGAAAGCUUCUAUUCUCUUUCGUCCAUGUUUCACUUCCAUACAUGGCUACACUCCAUACAAAUACUUUCAGAAGUGACUUCCUGACACUUAAAUCUAUACUCGAUGUUAACAAAUAUCUCUUCUUCAAAAACGCUUUCCUUGCCAUUGCCAGUCUACAUUUUAUGUCUUCUCUAAUUCGACCAUCGUCAGUUAUUUUGCUCCCCAAAUAGCAAAACUCCUUUACUACUUUAAGUGUCUCAUUUCCUAAUCUAAUUCCCUCAGCAUCACCUGAUUUAAUUCGACUACAUUCUAUUAUCCUCGUUUUGCUUUUGUUGAUGUUCAUCUUAUAUCCUCCUUUCAAGACACUGUCCAUUCCGUUCAACUGCUCUUCCAAGUCCUUUGCUGUCUGACAGAAUUACAGUGUCAUCGAGAAACCUCCAAGUUUUUAUUUCUUCUUCACGGCUUUUAAUUCCUAUUCCAAAUUUUUCUUUUCAUUCCUUCACUGCUUGCUCAAUAUACAGAUUGAAUAGCAUCGGGGAGAGGCUACAAUCCUGUCUCACUCCCUUCCCAACCACUGCUACGAUACUAUGGCUCAAACAAAGAAUUAAUUAUGUAACUUUUUUUCGAGGUCAUAAUUGAAACUUGAUGCAAGCACUGGACGCUUCAUAAAAAGUUGGAGCAAGGCAAGGACGGGUCACAUGCGCCUAGAUUGCAACACUGUGGUAUUUUUACAUAUUCACUGAUGGAGUAUAGCACCGAGUGUAUGAUACGGUUUGGACGGCAUAACGAUUCGAAUGUGACAGAACAUAAAAAAUAGUUCUUGUAGACUUAUAUUCUUGCUAAGGAGCCACUCGUUGUUAAGGGAAAGAUAAGAGACACGGUUGAAAUAAUUAAAGAUCCUAUUAACACACACCUCCACAACAAUCUUUCACCAUCUUCUCUGCCGACAAUAGCCUAUCGGUUGACUGCAACCGCGUACCUACUAGUUGUAACUGCCGACUGCAGCGCGGAUCACUGGGCGAUGUCCAGGAAGAGAGUCGAUCAGGUUCUAGAGGGCAUCGACUGGGAAGUGAAGUCAUGCCGACUCCAGUGCCGUGUCCAGCUGCGCUAGAUAUCUCGGUUGAGGCGCAAAGAGAUCGAUCGAGGUGGUCACACAGAUUCUCAAUUGGGUUUAAAUCCGGGGGUUUGGUGGCUAUGUAAGUAUGGUAAACUCACCCUGGUGCUCUUCGAACCACACACGUACUGUGUAACGCAUUGCUUUGUCCUGCUGGUAGAUGUCAGCAUUCCGAGAAAAAAAUGUAGGGUGGACAUGGUCCCCAAGGAUAGAUGCGUACGUGGUUGAUAAACUGUACCUUCCAGUAUUACGAAAUCACCCAGGGAAUCCCACGAAAAUAUACCAUAGACAAUAACACUCUCUCCUCCGUCCUGGACUUCCGACAAUUGUUGCAGGGUGUUUUCUGUCAGAAGUUUCGUGCCCGAUGUAGCAUAAAACGAGAUUCUUCUGGAAAGGCCACCUGUCGCGACUCGGUGGACGUCCAGCUGCGGUAUUGGAUUUCAGCAUUCAUCACUGAUGAACAGCAGUCAGCAUGGUGCGUGAACCGGCGCCUGCUGCAGAGACCCAUAUGCAGCAACUUCGCUGAACGGUCUUUGAGGAGACACUGUUGGUACGCCUUUUUUCAACUGGGUGGACAGUUGCUCAACAGUUACAUGUCCACUCGCCCGUACACAUAUCCGCAGCCAUCGACCAUACCUGUCAUCUAUGGUGUAUGGUUCCCCAAAUUAGCCUAGGCACCGGUUUUGGAUAGCGGUAUUUUGCCACGCAAAAUACUUUAACCACAGCGGUACGAGAACAGUUUACAAACUCUGCCAUUUUGAAAAUGUUUCUACCCUUGCCCCGAAAGCCAAUAAUUAUGCACCUUUGGACGUCAGAUAAAUCUCACCGUUUCCGCAUUAUGACAACGACUGUACUGUUACCGCGUCCCGUUACACGUUUUAUAGACGCUCCGCUGGCAGUGCUGACACUUGCCCUCUGUGAGAGGUUAUUGCAGGUUCUACAUCUACAUCUACAUCCAUACUCCGCAAGCCACCUGACGGUGUAUGGUGGAGGGUACUUUGAGUUCUCCCUUCUAUUCCAGUCUCGUAUUGUUCGUGGAAAGAAAGAUUGUCGGUAUGCCUCUGUGUGGGCUUCUCUCUGAUUUUAUCCUCAUGGUCUCUUCGCGAGAUAUACGUAGGAGGGAGCAAUAUACUGCUUGACUUCUCGGUGAAGGUAUGUUCCCGAAACUUCAACAAAAGUCCGUACCGAGCUACUGAGCGUCUCUCCUGCAGAGUCGUCCACUGGAGGUUAUCUAUCACCUCUGUAACGCUUUCGCGAUUACUAAAUGAUCCUGCAACGAAGCGCGCUACUCUCCAUUGGAUUUUCUCUAUCUCCUCUAUCAACCCUACCUGGUACGGAUCCCACACUGGUAAGCAAUAUUCAAGCAGUGGGCGAACAAGUGUACUGUAACCUACUUCCUUAGUUUUCGGAUUGCAUUUCCUUAGGAUUCUUCCAAUGAAUCUGUCUGGCAUCUGCUUUACCGUCGAUCAACUUUAUAUGAUUAUUCCAUUUUAAAUCACUCCUAAUGCCUACUCCCAGAUAAUUUAUGGAAUUAACUGCUUCCAGUUGCUGACCUGCUAUAUUGUAGCUAAAUAAUAAAGCAUCUUUCUUUCUAUGUAUUCGCAGCACAUUACACUUGUCUACAUUGAGAUUAAAUUGCCAUUCCCUGCACCAUGCAUCAAUUCGUUGCAGAUCCUGCUGCAUUUCAGUACAAUUUUCCAUUGUUACAACCUCUCGAUAUACUACAGCAUCAUCUGCAAAAAGCCUCAGUGAACUUCCGAUGUUAUCGACAAGGUCAUUUAUGUAUAUUGUGAAUAGCAACGGUCCUACGACACUCCCCUGCGGCACACCUGAUAUGAGUCUUGACGUCGAACAUAGGCAGUGGUCACUUAACGUAAUUGGUCCGUGUAAAAACUAUGAGUUUUAUUCUUCAUUUUUUAUAUCGGGAUGAGUGGCGCAGCGUCGCGGCAGAUAUUUAUUUCUUUACCUUGUGACAACAAUCAUAUGAAAAUUAUUUCGAAUUAAGCAGUCUCCUUCUCCCGUGUUUGCAUCAUCCAGCCACAAUACGAGUUCUUUGACACCAUUGUCAACAAUGAGCAAUGCGACGCAGCAGUAUAAAGAUAGCUAUAGUGCCAUAAAAUUACCAAUACGUUGAUAAUCCUGACGAAGACCACUCAGUAGCCCCAACACCGGAGAAUUUUAUCCCGUGACUCCAUAGCAGUGUGAUGAAUUUUACUGAAAUAUUUCGAUACGUCGUAUCUCACGCAAUAAUAACCUACAUUCGCAUAUUUUGUGAAUCCUGAAACGAGCAUUUCUAAUUCCGACUAAAGAAAAGAUUUCACGUGCUAUGUCAACUACUUUACAUCAAUCUCUUGAUCUUCAGAGACAUUUUAGAGAGUCUUCAACUCUGGAAACAAGUGAACGUCACUUAGAGUAGGACUAUCAUGAAUCGCGCAAAAUCCGUUUCGAUUCUCCUUCUUUUCCCUUCCCUUAUCCCGAGUCUUCACGGGGUCGGCGUGUUAACCUGUGUUUGGCUAUGUUAGUGGUAAAGGGUGACUGGGUGCCGUUCUUGUUGCCACCCUAUCCUCCCGAGACGGAUUCCGUGUACUGCAUCAGUCUGCGUUUUUGAAAUGCGUGCAAAUCUUGUAAUUGAGACGGGACGGGGUACCAGCCCGAUAUUCACCUAGCCGUAUGUGGUAAACCGCCCACAAACUACAUCCAGGCUGACCAGUACACCAGCCCUCGUCGUUAAUCCGCCGGGUGGAGGAAAAUUUGUUUAGAUUGCCGUGUUCAUCAGCAUUUUGGAUACUCAGAGAAGGGACAGCUUUCACUUCCCCACCAUCCUCUAAUUGUUAACAUGUUUUGGAUUGAACACAACCAUUUUCAUCGAACUUUUGAUCGCAGUAGCGGAGCCAUUGAGAUCUGGUGCACGGUGGAUCACGCAUAGGCUAUAGAAAAACGUUUGUGGAGGAGGCGUUGUAACAACUGUCACAUUUUUAUUAGACUUGCACCUUUAUUUGCCUUGUACCUCGUGUUACUGUGCAUCUUUACCUCUUCGCGCCUAGUGGGCAGAGGAGAAAAACGCUCUGCGAAAAUCAUGUUUGAUAGAACAUAUACGCUAAUGGAAAUAAAAAGUAAAAUGCAUUUCACUUUUCACCUCUUACUCUGAAAUGAAGUUUUUCUAUGUUAUUUUCCGUUCAUUGACCUGACGGCAAGAAGUGUUACAAAAUAACGUUUUGCAACAAGGGCUAAAAAAAGUUAGUGGGUAGAAUAACUAUCGUCUUUGUAUAAUUAUUCUAAGCGUAAUAUUCUACUGCUGGAAGAAACGCUGUUCUGUAGACCAUACCUGAAUUUUCCACUUACAGCAUCAGUUAUUACCCGUCAACAUAGCGUUGGAGCUUAUUUGUCCUCUGUCUCAGUAGUACUCGCCUCAAACAUACCACACAGACUGUAUUAAGCAACUGAAACAAUACGUGCAUUUACCGUAAAAAGACUGUUAACACUGCAUAAUAACUUUUUUUGAAGAACUUCUUCUUCAUAAGCAAGACACAAAUCGACGGACUGCGAACAUUGUUUGCAUUUCCUGACUUACUUAGAUUCAUCACUGCCUCUGAAUAUUUUUAAGUACGCAAUUAGCAAAAAGUAACAUAUAAUUUCUAGUUAAGGGUAACAAAAUUUUUUAUACCAUAUUAUUAAUUUCGGUCCGUAAUAACCAUCUUCAGACUUACAAAACAAAGAGGAUCUUGUACAAAGUAAAACAAAUUUACAAAGCGAUGCAUCAGAAACCAAGUUAAGCAUAAAAGACACUGUCACAUACCUGAAUACGCACAAUAUUGUAAUCACACCGAGUCAGCAUGUGUAAAAAUGGUACAAAGUCAUAAACCAAACAAAUUUCGUCGUAUUUAUAUAAAAUACAAUACCACAUCCACAAUUGUAACACACAUGUUGACUCUAAUAGCAUCUUAUUAGACUCCGUGAGGUAGCUUAUAGAUCCAGAACUUGGUAGAAUCAUGUCUAUAGUUACAGAAAAAGCAAAUAAUAUUUUAUAAUUUAGUGAUUUAAGAAUUAUUGUUCGAUAUUACUUCUUAAAAAAUUAUAUUUAAAGUAAAAAAUGAAAAAUUUUAUAUAUACAUUAUUUUAAGUCUGAAAAAAUAAAAGCUGAUUGGUGAAA